AUGGCCUCUAGCACAACAAUGAACCCCUAUCGAGCACACGAUUCAACUGUGUCAGUUUAUCAAGUUCCAGAAUUUGUUGUUGGCGGUGAAAAAAUGCUUUAUCAUGCAUUAUAUGGAAAUGAAGCGUAUGCAAAUCUUCCCCAUCAAGAAGAAGAUUGGAAGAUCAUGCAAGUAAUCAAUAAUAAAAUUCGCGAUGAUAUUGUUAAAAAAUAUGCUCAAUAUACAAAACGUGUUAAUGGUGAAAUGAUUAAAGUGAUGUAUGAGUGGUUUGAGCGCGGUGAUCGUCGAAAUCGUCAACAAACCUCGUACGAUAUACAUGCAGAUAAACAUUUUCGUCUUGAAAUAAGUAAAGAUACAUUUGAACAAUUUAAUGAUCGAUUACCACAUGUACGACGAUUAACAUUUGAACAAUUUUGCGAAUUAUUAGCACCAAUUAUUACAGGUCAAUAUAAUGAUUAUCAACUACGACGAACAUUUGAAACAUUAGAUUCUGAUAAUGAUAAUUAUUUAAAUCAACAAGAAAUAGAAAAUUUACUUAUUGUUGUCGGUCGAUCAGAAUCAAAUUAUAAAAUAUCAGACAUGAUUGGACGCUUGACAACACGUAAAAAACUUAGUUUCGAAGAUUUCAAGCAAUUUAUUAACAAUGGCUUUGCUCGCGAAUUAUUAAUGCCCUCAUGUAAUAAUGGAUAUGGAAAUCGUUAA